UUCUAACUAGCGGACAAGCUCCCCCUUUUUGGCUCAACCCUUGCGACUCCGCUUUCUCUCCUUUCCUCCACCAGCUACACGCCGAUAUGAACGAGAUUGCGCACCUCCUUUUGCCUUUCCCAGAAGGCUGCAUGCCACAUGCUGGUGCUGAUAUUGAGCGAAACUUCUACUAUUCCUGGGGCUGCAGCGAUCUUGCUGUAGCCUUCUGGAUCCAGCAUUGGAAAGGCAUUCAGCUGAUUAGAUGCUUGGCAGGCGUGACACCAGCAGUGGCCGCCAUGGUUCAUUCAGCCAUAGCCACAGCCCCAUGCAUCCGCUCCCCACCACGAGGCACCCGCCUUUUCCGCACAUCCUCCACUCGCCAAUGGGCCAGCUCACUUGCUCCCAAAUGGCGCCACGGCCAGCAUAGCUUGCGGAAUCUCACGCCCCCAUCCUAUGUCCAAGCGUAUGUAAUACUCCUAUGUGUCCCGCCUUGCAUGCAGCCAGGACGACUUCCUGCUGCCCAGCAGGCUCCCAGCAUCAUGUCGGCCGCCUACUUUUGUUGACACAAAGUAUGCCCGUCCCCCAAUCCUUCUCGAACCUCUUUCUGAUUGCCAAGUGCGAAUAAGAAAAACAACGAACCAGUCUGUUCCUUUCCGCAGAGCACUCCACC